AUGCCGUUGGUGAAGAGGAACAUCGAGCCCAGGCACCUGUGCCGUGGGGCGCUGCCAGAUGGGGUGACCAGUGAGCUGGAGUGUGUCACAAACAGCACCCUGGCAGCCAUCAUCAAACAACUGGGCAGUCUGAGUCGCCAUGCAGAGGACAUUUUCGGAGAACUGUUUAAUGAAGCCAACAGCUUCUACCUGAGGAUGAGCAGCCUGCAGGAGAGAGUGGACCAGCUGGCUGUGAAAGUCACCCAGCUCGACUCCACUGUGGAGGAAGUCUCACUGCAGGACAUCAACAUGAGGAAGGCCUUUAAGAGCAGCACCAUCCAGGACCAGCAGGUGGUGUCGAGGACCUCUGUCCCCAACCCUGUGGUGGAGAUGUACCAUCGCUGCGACAAGCCUCCACCACUUAACAUUCUCAGCCCAUAUAGGGAUGACAAGAAGGAUGCACUGAAGUUCUACACUGACCCGUCUUACUUCUUCAACCUGUGGAAAGAGAAGAUGCUGCAGGCCACCGAGGACAAGCGCAAGGAGAAGAGGCGGCAGAAGGGCUGUCCGGCCCACCCUGACAGGCCCCACUCCAGACAGGCCCCACCCAGGAGCCCCCUGUCCAUCUCUGAGCAGCAGAGGCAGGUUGAGGACCCGGGCAGAGAGGUGAAGAAGGUGCGUAAGGCUCGUAACCGGCGUCAGGAGUGGAACGUCCUGGCCUACGACAAAGAGUUCAGACCAGACGCCAGGCUCACGCCCUCCCCUUACCACGGCAUGUCCUCUGAAGGCUCCUUGUCCCCUGAUAGCAGAUCAAUGGCGUCUGACUCCUACCCAGCAAGCCCCAACCACCCCUCCACCCAGCCCCCCAGCACCGCCCAUCCAACUGACCACCACACCAGGGAUCACCUCAGCGCCGCAGCCCAGACUCAGUCACUGGAUCGCGGCCUCAGGCCGGCAAACCAGCCUCCAGGGGCUGGAGGGGCCGCGCCAGGGAGGCACGUGGCCUCCUUGGGCCGGACCCCCUCUGGACACGGGGUCCAGGCCGGCGGAGAUCCAACGGUUAACGGUCCAAGGCAGCAGUCUGUUAAGGAUUACCGUGCCGGACACGGUGGCCAGCCCUCCACCAUCCCAGAGUACUAUAUCCCACCUGCCCCUCCUCCACCUCCUCCAACCAUCCCUUCUGCCCAGACAGCCUUCGACACCACCACAGCCCCGCCCUCCGCCGCCGCUUCCGCUGUCCCCCCGACCUCCGCGGCUCUCUCCCGUCCCUACUCCCCCUCCCCUCCUCCUCCCCCGGCCAAUUACGUGCCAUCUCCCUCCCACCCUCCUUCGGGUGCACCCCCUGCCGCCCCUCCACCUCCUCCGCCUGGAGCCCCUGCUGGCCACCUGGCCCACCCAUCCCCACCGCACGCUGCUGUGGGCCAAGCGGCUGUGGAUGCAGCGCCCCCGACGAGGAAGUCCACGAUGCUGGGGAUGAUCCCGAUGAGCGACGCCCGCUCCGACCUGCUGGCCGCCAUACGUAGAGGUAUCCAGCUGAGGAAGGUGCAGGAGCAGAGAGAGCAAGAGGCGAAGAGGGAGCCCGUGGGCAACGAUGUGGCCACCAUCCUUUCACGCCGUAUCGCAGUAGAGUACAGCGAGUCCGACGACGACUCCGAGCUCGACGAGAACGAGUGGUCUGACUAA